AUGAUUGCGGUAGGGCCAAUGCUACUCGGCAUGCCGAUGAAGCAGGCUUCGUUUCUCGCCUUAAUGAUACAAAUUUCGGUGCUCAUUUUGAUCAUGUACUACUCCCGUAUCAUGACCCCGCCCGGCGACCACCAGUAUUUUGCUUCAACCGCUGUACUUCUCAACGAGAUCAUAAAACUGGCAAUAUCCCUUACCUUUUCACUGCACGAGGCCUCGCGCACCCUAGGCCCCCAGACCCCCGUGACGGUGUUGUUCGAGCAGGUCUAUCACCAGGUGUUUUCGGGGGACGGGUGGAAGCUGGCUCUCCCGGCGGUGUUGUACACACUGGAGAACACGCUGCAGUACACGGCGUUAAGUAACUUGGAUGCGGUGCAUUUUCAGGUGUUGUAUCACUUAAAGAUCCUCACAACAGCAGUCUUCACGGUCCUCCUACUCGGCCGCACCCUCAGCAUCCGCCGUUGGCUCUCCUUCGUCCUCCUCACCAUUGGCGUCUCCCUCGUCUCCCUGCCCUCUUUCAACAACCCCAAGGACAUCACCCUCGACAUCCACGACUUCAACAACCACUUCUUCCCACGCUCUGUCCACGAACUGGGCCAGGUCAUGUCCCCUAGGAGCGGCGGCCAACCAGCAGCCGUUGUUGCGCGAGGGCAGAUCACGCGGCGGUCGGCAUCGUACGAGGGUAUCGCGGAGGAUCUGGAUAGUGCCGCGAGGGUGGCAGGGAUGAAUUACCCCAUGGGACUGGCCGCGGUGUUAAUGGCGGCUGUGAUAUCGGGGUUGGCGGGGGUGUAUUUUGAGAAAGUGCUCAAGUCCAAGGCUGCGUCAUCCAAGACUGGGCCGGUGUCGGUAUGGACGCGCAAUGUCCAGCUGUCAUUUUACUCGCUGUUCCCGGCGCUGUUCAUUGGUGUGAUUGGUAGGGAUGGGACUGAGAUUGUUGGGCAUGGGUUCUUCGAUGGGUACAAUGCGGUCGUCUGGAUGGCGAUUGUUGUCCAGGCUGUUGGGGGGAUCUUGGCGUCGAUGUGCAUUAACUAUGCAGACAACCUCGCCAAGAACUUUGCCACGAGUCUGGGUGUUGUUAUCAGUUUCCUCUUUAGUGUUUUAUUCCUCGACUUUCACGUCAACCUCUCCUUCGCCGUCGGCACAAUCCUCGUCUUGACCGCGACCUACCUCUACAGCCUACCCGAGCGCAAACGCGCCCGACCACCACCCAUCACCAUCGCCGAGUACGAGACGACAACCAUCGUGGGCAGCACCUCGCCGCUUUCCCAUGCCGUUCCCAGAGCAGGGGGCCGGUUGUCACCGGACGCAUCGGUUGGUUUGUCGACGUCCAGGCCCUCGUCACCGUUGACGUACCAUGGCCGGGGUCAUUCUCAUAAGUGA